AUGUACACCGACAAAUUUACUUGGGAUUCUGCUCGACAUUAUCCAAAUAAACAUUUAGAAGGUGUUUCUGACAAAAAUUCAUCAAAUGGUCAAAAACAACGUCGUGAGCUUGCUGAUGCCAUUGCUGAAAUUGUUCGAGAUUCUGGCGUUUUGGGUGUUAAGAAGGAAGUGGAUGAGGAAAGAAGUGCUUCUGCUGGAUCGUCAAGCAGCCAAACUCUCCCUUCCACAUCAGCCUCUGUAAUCGUUGUUGAUGAUUCCUCAGAGUCAGAUCCGUCAAACGUUUUGUUGCCAACUUUUGAACAGCUUCAUGGCAAUCUUUCUCCAGAAUUUGCUCGUCGGAAGUUCUUUGAUGACCUUCGACCAUUGGAUCGGCUCUUGGCACGAGUUGUACGCACUGGAGUGACGGUCCUGCAUUUGGAGGUUGUUUGCACUCUGACAAGGUUCAGGCGUACUCUUCUAUCUUUUAUGAAAGGAAAACUGGUUCCAGUUGCCUACGAUCGUGCCAAGCGCUUCUACCAAGUUAACGACUACGUUAGCACCACCAUCAUUGCACUGAGUCCGAACAGCAUGGAACUGGAGCUCAAACUGGACGAGGAUGAGGCAAUUUAUACUGAACGAGGCAUCCCAGCAUAUUCCAGGUUUAUUUAA